AUGUUCAAAUAUUCUCCUCAUCCUCUAUCUCCUCUCUCUAUAGAGGAGACAAAUCUGGCUAGAGAUAUCAUCUUAGCAAAUUCAUCCAGCGAAGAAGUGGUCCAAUUUCGGAUGACAUAUACUCAAGAGCCCAAAAAAGCCGAAUUGAUCCCAUUCUUAGAGCUAGAGCACUCCGGCCAGCUGCGAUCUGAUACACCGAGACCAGCGCGGUGUGCUCGCGUACACUAUGUCUCGACUGGCAAGACACAGAAGGAUCGGCGUGCGACAGAAGUUGAAGCCACGGUUGAUCUCACUGAAAAGAAAAUCGUCUCCAAAGAUGUUCUUGGAUCCGAAUUUUUGGCAGGACUCAGCACAUGGGAGUUUGAUAUCCUGGUCGAUGUCUGCAAGGCGUCGCCCAUGUUCAGAGAAAGAGUAGCCCAGUUCGAGUUACCCUCGGGGUUUGACAUCAUCGUUGAACCAUGGCCAUAUGGAGGAAUGGACCGGCCAGGUGAACUUCGACGAUACUUUCAAGGCCUCUGCUUUGCAAUCGACACAAGCACAAAGAACCCUGACUCAAAUUACUACUCUUAUCCAUUACCUAUCAUUCCCGUCAUGGAUUUCGAAAAACGAGAAAUUGUUCGGAUUGACGAGCUUGCGACCGGCGGUGGCGAUGAUGAACUGGUAGCGAAAGCACCUCGAACUGGCCCCAUUAUUGAACACUGUGCCCCGGCAGAAUAUGUACCUGAACUACUACCAGGGGGGACGAGAAAGGACCUCAAGACCUUGAGCGUCGUUCAGCCUGACGGGCCGAGUUUUUCCGUCAAGGAUGAAAGCCUCAUUGAGUGGCAGAAGUGGCGAUUCAGGGUCAGCUUCAACCCUCGUGAAGGGGCUGUGAUCCAUGACGUCUAUUACGAUGGAAGGAGUGUACUAUACCGUCUUUCCUUGAGCGAAAUGACCGUUCCUUACGCUGAUCCCAGACCGCCGUUCCAUCGCAAACAGGCUUUUGAUUUUGGGGACGGCGGUAUUGGACAUGCUGUGAAUAAUCUCACUUUGGGAUGCGACUGCUUGGGUGUAAUCAAGUACUUUGACGGUGUACUGGUUGGUGCAGAUGGAAAUGCAGAGAAAGCGAAGCAUGUGAUUUGCCUUCACGAACAAGACAACGGCAUUGGCUGGAAGCAUACUAAUUGGAUGACUGGUCGUGCUGUGUCCACUCGACGCCGAGAAUUGAUAGUCCAAUUCAUCAUCACCCUCGCUAACUACGAGUACAUUUUCAACUACAAAUUCGAUCAAGCUGGUGCGAUAUCCGUCGAAACACGAGCCACCGGCAUCGUCUCCGUCGUCAAUAUCGACCCCGGCAAGACUAGCCUUUGGGGCAACGUGGUCAACCCAGGAGCCCUCGCACAGAACCACCAGCACAUCUUCUGCGUCCGGAUCGACCCAGCCAUAGAUGGACACAAAAACACUGUCGUGCAGAAUGAGUCCCUCCCUGUCCGCCGAGAUGCUCGGACCAACCCCAACGGCAAUUUCUACCAAGUCAAGGAUACGAUCCUAUCCACGUCUACAUCCGCGGAUGCGUGCCCAGAGAAUAAUCGUGUGUUCAAGAUCCAGAACCUGGACAAGAAGAACCCUGUGUCGGGUCGGCCAGUUGGAUACAAGAUCAAUCCUCCACCAACACAAAAGGUCCUCGCCGACCCCAAUAGCAUCCAGGCACAGCGUUGCGCUUUCGCCACACACCACCUCUGGGUGACGAAAUACAGAGAUGGGGAGCUGUACGCAGCUGGAGAAUAUCCUCUCUCCAGUAAGAGGGAGAGUGGUGGUGUCGCGGACAUGGUGGCCCGAAACGAUGAUCUACUCCAGGAAGAUGUCGUUGUUUGGAGUAGCUUUGGCCUUACCCAUAAUCCCCGCGUUGAGGAUUGGCCAGUGAUGCCUGUGGAAAUUCUGGAGCUCAAUAUUGUGCCCGUGGACUUCUUCACGGCAAAUCCGGCAUUGGAUGUGCCCAGCGACAAGGACAUCACGUCGAAGCUUACCAACGGAGCUUGCUGUAAGAGUGAGGCCCCGAGGCUCUAG